GGCGCGCUCUGCUUUUCACUUCGUCAGCUGUUCACGGACUUCACGUUGUUUUGCUAGUUUGAAUUGCGUUAGGUGGUUUUGUUUGUUUUGCUUUUGGUUUCCCCAUAUUUUGGAUGUCGGGAAUAAUUUUAAAUUUUUAAUGGUUGAUCUUGCGUAGUAAGCUAACGGUGCAGUUUGAUAUAUGUGUGGAUUCUUGGUUAUGAAGUAUGUCCGUGUUGAUUGAGCCUGGCAAAUCCCACAUCAUCGUUAAAUGCAACAAAGUGCGUUAUGGAGCAACUUUGGAGAACGAAGCGCUUCAUCUGCGAGCGCUGCCUGGUUUUCCGGAAGUGGCACAGGCCGUCGUUAUCAGUCUGCGGGAUGUGCUGAGCGUCGAAGUGCAGACGGACAACAGUGAGUUGUCCAGUGCGCGAUGGUCGCUGCGCAGACUGGAAUGUUUCAGUCGCAGUGGCGUUUACGAUCCAGCCCGCAGCCAUUCGCUGCUGCUGCACAUGGCCCGGCAUGUCUCCCACCAGAAGUGGCGAACGAAGAAGGUCCUGCUGGAACCGGAAGUCCCGGAACAGGGGGAGGAGCUGUACAAGGCGCUGCUGGAUGUCUUGAAAGAUUUCGAGGAACGGCCAAAGCGCUUGUUGUUUUUCGUGAAUCCGAUCAGCGGAAAUGGUGGUGCUGUGCGUGUGAUGACCAAGAUUAUCUCGCCGAUUCUAACGGGAUGUGGAAUAUCCUACGACUUCAUUGUCACCACGCAUCAGGGACACGCAAAGGAGUGGAUCGUGCAACAAGAUCCGCAUCUUCAGCCGUACGACGGAAUCAUUGCUGUCGGUGGCGAUGGGAUAUUUAAUGAAAUCAUGGAGGGAGUACUGUUGAGGGCGCAAGUGAACGAACUACGGCCGUGUUCUUCGUUGAUGGCACCGGCAGUGCGAAUUGGUUUAAUACCCGCAGGAUCGACUGAUUCUAUCGGGUUUUGCAUCGGUCUGGGAGAUGUGGUUACGGCUCUUAUUAACAUCUUAUUAGGUAGGGAAAUGAGAUUGGAUGUGGGAACCGUGUUCCGUGCAUCUGAUGGGCAGUUUCUGAAAUUCUUCUGCGCAUUCCUGGGAUAUGGUUUCUUUAGCGACACACUGCGGAACAGUGAGAAGCAGUGGUUGCGACGGUAUCUCGGCAAAUCUCGAUACGUGUUGGCCGGUGCUAAGACAUUCCUGGUGAAUCGAGCCUACCAUGGCUCGGUAUCGUUCAAAUCUCUGGAAUCAGUCAAUCCUGAUGGUUAUCCCGAUGAGGGUGAUGAAUGCUAUCAGGAUUGCCGGUAUUGCAAGGAAAUCGGUGCCAGCAAAAGUCACAUUUCCAUCGGUCCAGAAGGCAGUACGGAUAAGGAGGAAUGGUCAACUUUGGAUGGAAAGUUCACAAACGUUAUCGCCGCCAGUAUGAGUUGUCGUUCGGAAAUGUCGCCGAGAGGCGUGGUGCCGGUUUCCCAUUGCGGUGACGGAUGUCUGGACUUGUUGGUGGUGCGUUCUAUUGGGCGGUGCCGAUUGCUGCAUUAUCUGGUCAGCACACAGCGGGGCAUUGGACCACAGCGAUCCCUGGGCAGCAAUCUCCACGCAUGUCGGGCGCACGAGCUGUUGUUUCGCACCAGUGAAUCUACCGGUAACUCAUCGACAACGAUCUGGAAUUGUGAUGGCGAGAUUAUCAGGGAACCCAAUAUUCAUGUUAAAGUUUAUUGCCAAGUUAUCCGAAUGUUUGGUUCCGGAUUGGAGCCGCGUUAGUGAACCUCGGCCAAAAUACAUGCAUUCCCUGAUUGUUCCCUGGAUUCGGUAUUUACCCUUCCGUCCUUGUACUGCUUCGACAUAUCCAUUGUGCACCAAUUUUUCCCGUCCGUGCUGUGUUUUUAAGUAAGGGAUUUUAAUGUUUUAAAAUUUUACUUUUUACGAUUUCCACGAUCUCGUCAAUCUUUAUGCAGCUGUCUAUGAAUUGCGAAUCUCAUAAAUUGGUGUUUUUAUCUUUUAUCCGUGAACUUUUUGUUGUGUGGCACUGGAGCCUGUCUUUUAAUUUUAUUUAUUCCUUUGAUGUCUUAGAUUCUCUUUUUUAAGAAUCCAUGGUUCCUGCUUUAAAUUUCUAGAAUACUGCUUAUGCAAGCAAGCUGAACAUCAGUUACAAAAAAUAAAAAUAUAAUA